AUGGUGCUUCUUACAAUGACGGCGUCCAUUGUGGAUGGACUGGCGCAACUGGAUGGAAUGCUGUCUGCCGAAGACAUGCAGCAAGGUACCACUGGCGAUGCCGCCCACGAUGGGCAUCAACAAACAGACAGGGAACCGUCCCUGAAUCCGCCUUCAGUUGGGAAACCCAUCUCUCACCAACAAAUUGUCGACAUCUGGAAGAAGCUUCGAGCCAACCACAAUGCGAGCUAUAGCUUGGAGGAACUGCUCCGUGGCUCGCAGGUUUACGUUCCACCACCACCGCCGAAACCAGAGCCGACCGAAGAAUUCAAAGCUCUUAUGGCCCGACUACGACACGAGGAAGCACAGCGAGCCUACGAGCGCAUGGUGAACCCCCCUCCGAAAAUCGAAACGUUCAACGAUCGAUUCCCGACAUCCGCACAAGCUUUCUCCCAAGUGAAUCGCCCAAUGAACGCUUCGGAUCUAGGCGAUGAUGAUGUAACGCUUAGUGAUGUCCAUCGCCAAGUCAUGCUUAUCAUUAACUUUCUCGUCAGUAUCCUGGGAGUAGCUGGGACGCUGUGGGUGAUAUCACGGUGGUGGAGCUUGCCAGCUAGAAUAUUUCUCACCAUGGGCGGAAGUAUAGUCGUGGCUGUCGCGGAGGUCGCAGUCUACUCGAGCUACAUGUGGAGGAUGGAUCAGGCGAAGCACAAGCAGAAGGCUGCCGAGGAAAUCAAGCAAGUUGUUAAUACGUGGGUGGUGGGUGAGCACGACCAGGGCGAUAAUAAGAAUGACAACACGGUGUUUCUACGGCAAAAGGAGGAUGACACGAAUGGCACAGUGAGGAAGAGGAUUACGACGGUUUCAAAUUAA